CAGGGGAUAAAACUUGAUCAAUGUGCAAAUUCAACAUUGUGUCUACCAGAAAAGCCAAAACUAGUUGUUGGAUUGAAGGGAGCUACUUCAAAUUUUUUCAUUGACAAUGCAGCUUACACACAAUUCCUUUUCAAAACUUUUGGUGUCACAUCACUUGACAUGGAAAGCUCAGCUGUAGUAAUGACAUGUUUGUCAAAUGGAUAUCCAGUUAUUGCAAUUCGUGGAUUAUCAGAUUUAGCAAGAACACAAAAAGGGGAUAACACAAUAAGAUUAUUUGGAUCUUUAGCUGCUCUAAAUACAGCAAAAGUUGUAAUUGGUUUUGUUAAGUCACUAUCAAUAAAUCAUAUUUCGCGAUUUUAACUA